AUGGCAAAGAACCUGCGUACUGGACGCGGUGGAGGCGCAAAUCCUCUCGACCGAGAUGGGUACUGCCUUCUGUCUCUAGAUGGCGGUGGGAUACGGGGACUAUCCUCGCUUUCUAUACUGAAAAAUAUCAUGGACCGCGUCAACGACGAAAGACAAAACGAGGGCAAAGAUCGAGUAAAGCCAUGUGAGAUCUUUGACCUCAUUGGCGGAACUAGCACUGGCGGACUUAUCGCUAUUAUGCUUGGACGACUCGAGAUGGAUGUGGAUGAAUGUAUUAAAGCUUAUAGAAACCUGGCAAAAACUGUGUUCAGCGAAAGGGCUCGCCGAUUUCCAGUAAACAGAAAGGGCGACACUAAAGCACAAUACGACUCAGGUAGGCUUAGGGAUGCUAUUAACGAAGUUCUCUCUGAAAGAAAUGUGCCUCCAACUGAGUUACUCGAUGAUGGAACAAAGCGAGGUUGCCAUACCUUUGUAUGUGCCACCGAUGAUUACACGAAAGCGACCGUGCGGCUACGGAGCUAUAAACUUCUCGACCAAGACAAAAUUCCUGCGACGAUAUGCCAGGCUGCUCUUGCGACGUCUGCAGCAACGACCAUCUUUGACCCAGUUCUUAUCGAUGGCCGUACAUUUCAUGAUGGUGCUUUCGGAGCAAACAAUCCGGUCAACGAGGUAGAAGCAGAAGCUAUUAAUCUCUGGCGCUCUGAAACUGCGGAUAUAAAACCAGAGGUCAAAUGUUUUGUUUCAAUUGGAACUGGAAAUCCAGGAGUAAAGCCGUUUGAAAAUAAUGCCUAUGGAUUCCUACGCAAGACUCUUGUCCAGAUUGCUACCGAGACAGAAAAUACGGAAAGAAAGUUUAUCGACCGGUGGCGGAUGCAGUACGAUAGCAAGCGCUACUUUCGCUUCAAUGUGGAGCAGGGGCUGCAGGACAUUGGUAUAGACGAGUACGAUAGACAGGGCCAUAUCAUGUCGGCCACUGAUUCGUAUCUCACGCAUUGGGGUGGAAAUUCCCAAAUACGGGACUGCGUUCAGAAUCUGGGACUGAAAGAAAAGAUUACGGUGGAUGGCCUGGGCUGCUCUAUCGGCUCUGGGAAAACUUACCUUAUAGUCUCUUAUUUUUACUGCUCAAGAAAGGAAGCAGAAUCAAGCCGUGGCGACCCCACCUGCGUGUUUCGAACUUUGUUACUGCAGCUUAGCAAUCUAAACCGUAAGGAAUGUGGACCACUUCUACAAAUCUUUAGAGAGAGAAGAAAUCAAUCUCAAAGGAGCAAUACCGAACUACUCGGCCUAGAAAUUAAAGAGUGCGUGGAGCAUAUCAUCACAAUUGCAAAGAAUACCCCCAAAGUUGCUCUUGUCAUUGAUGCUCUUGAUGAAUUGGAACUUAAAUCACCCAAAUCAUUCUUAUCAGCUUUGGAAGACCUUGGAAACUGCGAUCAUAUCAAAGUGGUCGUUUCUAGGCGAGAUGAUGGUGAGAGUGAUAUGCGCUAUCGAAUAGAUCGAAUGGAGGGCAUUAAUUAUGAGGAAAUAUCUACUACUUGUGAUGAAAAUCGAGCGGAAAUCAAGCGUUUCAUUGAUCAACAGAUUACUAACGCUAUCGACGACGAGAGUCUACUCUAUGGUGAGGUUGAGCCCCCGCUAAAGGAAGAGAUAAUUAGAAGGCUAAACGAAAAGGCUAAGACAAUGUUUCUGUGGGUUACUCUACAGGUCUCGAUCCUGUGUACCGACAAUAUGAGAUGUGAGCAGGACAUUUAUGAUCAACUGGAUAUACUACCGGAUGACCUGGAAGCGACUUUUGAAUAUAUCCAUAAGUUGAUCCAUACAGCAGUAGCAGACUAUUUGAUCUCUUCAGAACAUGCUGCGUACGAAGUGUUUUGGGCACAUAGCGUUAUCUUGCAAAGAUGCCUGGAUAUUUAUAUACGAGCGGCGAAAGAAAAAACCAUCGAAGAGGACGAAAUCCUUGAAAACUAUGCUACUCAGUUCUGGCCAAUUCAUGUCAAGUCUAAAGAUGGCGACAUUAAGCCUAAAACUAAUAGUGACCUAAAGCCUAAAAUCAAAAGCGACCUUGAAGCUAUAACCAACAGCAAACUUUGCCGCUUCUUCCUAGACAAUGAUGAGUUGCCAGAGAAGGAGGUCAAAGUUGCUCCUGCAUUCAUUGGAUGGACAAAUUAUGCAGAUACAUUAUCAAAAGAACUACAGCCACCAUAUAAAUAUAAGCUACAGAACGUUAUUGCUGACCCCCCAACGCCGCUAUUUCUUGGCUGCUGUUUUGGAAUUCUCCCAAGAGCUGAGGAUUUAUGCUUUUCGCGCACCCUAAACGGAGACUGGAAUCAAAAGAAUAGGUGUGGCAUUAGCGCUUUAUGCCUUGCUGCAAUAUAUGGGCACUUGGGCACAGUGAAAUAUUUGCUAAAAAAAGGUGCAAAACCGGAGGGUAUGAUAAAACUUGGACAGCGAACACCACUACUAUUAGCAGCAGCCGAAGGAGGCAAAGACAGCGAGGAAAUUAUAGAGUCUUUGUUAGAGAAUGGAGCAAAUGUUAAUGCCAUGGAUGGAUUCAAACAGACAGCCUUGCAUUUUGUGGCAAGGAAUGGUUUUCAUACAAGUGCAAAGGCUCUCCUUAAGCAAAGGGCUAUGCCUAGCCCUGCAGCUAGUGAUGGAAGUACGCCACUCUCAUGGGCUGCAAGCAAUGGUCAUGAAGACAUUGUCAAGCUUCUGCUAAAAUAUAAUGUCGAUCCAAAUUGCCGAGAUAAUGCCGGAAGAACACCACUCUCAUGGGCUGCAGGAAAUGGACAUCAACCCGUUGCCAGGCUUCUACUAGAUGAUCAUCGGAACGUGGAUCAAAAUUGUCAAGAUAAGGAUGGGGGUACACCCCUUUCAUGGGCUGCAACUAAUGGUCAUAUAUCUAUUAUCGAGCUUCUACUAGAUCAUAAUGUUGAUCUAAAUUGUCAAAAUAAAGAUGGAAGUACACCACUUUCAUGGGCUGCAAUCAAUGGUCAUAAAGCUAUUGUCGAGCUUCUACUAAAACACAAUAUUGAUCCAAAUUGCCAAGAUAAUAACGGAAGAAUAUCACUCUUAUGGGCUGCAGGAUACGGACAUGAAUCUGUUGUUGAACUUCUAUUACGUCAGAAAAAUAUUGAUAUAAAUUUCCAGGAUAAGAAAGGAGGCACACCACUCGCAUGGGCUGCAGGAAAUGGACAUAAAUCUGUCGUCGAGCUUCUAUUACGUCAGAAAAAUAUCAAUCCAAAUUGUCAAGAUAAGGAAGGGGGUACACCAAUCUCAUGGGCUGCAACUAAUGGACAUAAGUCUAUUGUUAGGCUUCUACUAGAUCAGAAUAUUGAUCCAAACUGUCAAGAUAUGCAUGGAGGUACACCACUCUCAUGGGCUGCAACUAAUGGACAUGAACCUGUUGUCGAGCUUCUAUUACGUCAGAAAAAUAUCAAUCCAAAUUUCCAGGAUAAGAAUGGGUUUACACCACUCGCAUGGGCUGCAAGAAAUGGACAUAAGCCUGUUGUCGAGCUUCUAUUACGUCAGAAAAAUAUCAAUCCAAAUAUUCAAGAUAAGAAUGGGAUUAUACCAUUCGCAUGGGCUGCAGGAAAUGGACAUAAGCCUGUUGUUGAGCUUCUAUUAUGUCGGAAAAAUAUCAAUCCAAAUUUUCGGGAUAAGGAAGGGAGAACACCAUUCGUAUGGGCUGCAGGAAAUGGACAUAAAUCCGUUGUCGAGCUUCUAUUACAUCAGAAAAAUAUUAAUCCAAAUUUUCAGGAUAAGAAAGGGGGCACACCACUCGCAUGGGCUGCAGGAAAUGGACAUAAAUCUGUUGUCGAGCUUCUAUUACAUCAGAAAAAUAUCAAUCCAAAUUGUCAAGAUAAGGAAGGGGGUACACCACUCUCAUGGGCUGCAACCAAUGGACAUGAGUCUAUUGUUAGGCUUCUAUUAUUAUAUCCAGGUAUUGAUAUAAAUUGCCGAGAUAAUACUAGAAAUACACCACUCUUGAGGGCUGCAAGAAAUGGGCCUAAUGGACAUAAGUCUAUUGUUAGGCUUCUGCUAGACCAGAAUGUUGAUCCAAAUCGUCAAGAUAAGGAAGGGGGUACACCAAUCUCAUGGGCUGCGACUAAUGGACAUGAGUCUAUUGUUAGGCUUCUGCUAGACCAGAAUAUUGAUCCAAAUUGCCGAGAUAAUACUGGAAAUACACCACUCUCAAGGGCUGCAGGAAAUGGAUAUGAAUCUGUUGUCAAGCUUCUGCUAGACCAGAAUGUUAAUCUAAAUUGCCGAGAUGAUACUGGAAAUACACCACUCUCAAGGGCUGCAGGAAAUGGAUAUGAAUCUGUUGUCAAGCUUCUGCUAGACCAGAAUGUUAAUAAUCUAAAUUGCCGAGAUGAUACUGGAAAUACACCACUCUCAUGGGCUGCAGGAAAUGGAUAUGAAUCUGUUGUCAAGCUUCUGCUAGACCAGAAUGUUGAUCUAAAUUGUGGUACACCACUCUUAUGGGCUGCAAAAAAAGGAUUUCAAACUAUUGUUGAGCGUUUGCUUGCUUCUAACGCUGAUCCAAAUUAUCCAGGUGGGAAAGGAAGUACACCACUCUCAUGGGCUGCAACCAAUGGACAUGAGUCUAUUGUUAGGCUUCUAUUAUUGCAUCCAGAUAUUGAUCCAAAUUGCCGAGAUAAUACUAGAAAUACACCACUCUUGAGGGCUGCAGGAAAUGGGCCAUUGCUCCCGUUGCGCCAUGUCGUAUGGAUCUUCUCCAGCAGCCAGUGUACCGCACGUUCGGUUGACACUCCUUUCCUCCUCCCUAGCCAGGCGUUCGUUAAAGCUGUCAGAGUUGAUACCAGUGUGUUUGCCUCUCUUUUGGUUAUGCGGUUGGAAAUUCCAUCCGGCCCCGGCGCCUUGUUUGGUGAUAAUGCUUCAAUAGGCGUCCUGAUCUGUGGCCACUCUACCGAUGCAGGGUACACAAAGCGCUCUAUGUCCGUUGUAUCCGCAGCCCUGUCGGCGGGAAGAUGGCUCUUUUGA